AUGGAGCAGAAGUCAGAGCUCAUUAGUGAUCAGAUCUUUCAAAGUGCAGAGAAUCCAUAUGAAUGCACUGAGCGUGGAAAAGCCUUUCACCAGCAAUUAUCUCUCAUUGGGCAUCAGAGACUCCACACAAGAAAAAAUUCGUAUGAAUGUAAGGAGUGUGGAAAAGUGUUUCCUCAUAAGUCAAGCCUAAUCAUACAUGAGAUGGUCCACACAGGGGAGGAAACUUAUGAAUCCAGGGAGUGGGGAAAAGGUUUUUCUACUAAGUCAAACAUGAAGGCACAUCACAGAAUGCACACUGGGGAGAAACCUUAUGAAUGUAGUGAGUGUGGAAAAUCUUUUUCUGAUAAGUCAAGAUUUAGAUCACAUCAGAGAAUUCACACAGGUGAAAAACCUUAUGAAUGUAGUGAAUGUGGAAAAGCUUUUCUUCAUAAGUCACUGUUCAUUAGCCAUCAGAGAAUCCACCCUGGGAAAACACCUUACGAAUGUAGUGAUUGUGGAAAAGCUUUUAAUCGUAAAUCAAAUUUCAUUACUCAUCAAAGAACCCACACAGGGGAAAAACCUUAUGAAUGUAGUGAGUGUGGGAAAGCUUUUAUUUAUAAGUCAAGCAUGAUCAUACAUCAGAAAAUCCACACUGGGGAAAAACCUUAUGAGUGUAGUGAGUGUGGGAAAGGCUUUCCUUAUAAGUCACACCUCAUUACUCAUCAGAGAAUCCACACUGGGGAAACACCUUAUGAAUGUAAUGAGUGUGGAAAAGCUUUUAUUCAUAAGUCAAGCAUGAUCAUACAUCAGAGAAUCCACACUGGGGAAAAACCUUAUGAGUGUAGUGAGUGUGGAAAAGGCUUUCCUUAUAAGCCACACCUCAUUACUCAUCAGAGAAUCCACACUGGGGAAAAACCUUAUGAAUGUAAUGAGUGUGGAAAAGCUUUUACUCGUAAGUCACACCUCAUUAGACAUCAGAGAAUCCACACUGGGGAAACACCUUAUGAAUGUAAUGAGUGCGGAAAAGCUUAUAUACGUAAGUCAUGCUUCAUUAGACAUCAGAGGGUCCACACAGGGGAAAAACCUUAUGAAUGUAAUGAGUGUGGGAAAGCUUUUACUCGUAAGUCAAACUUCAUUACUCAUCAGAGAAUCCACACAGGGGAAAAACCUUAUGAAUGUAGUGAGUGUGGAAAAGCUUUUAUUCGUAAGUCACACCUCAUUACUCAUCAGAGAAUCCACACAGGGGAAAAACCUUAUGAAUGUAGUGAGUGUGGAAAAGCCUUCUCUGAUAGGUCAAGCAUGAUCACACAUCAGAGAAUCCACACAGGUGAAAAACCUUAUGAGUGUAGUGAGUGUGGAAAAGCUUUUGUUCGUAAGUCAUACCUCACUGUUCAUCAGAGAAUCCACACAGGUGAGAAACCUUAUGAAUGUAGUGAGUGUGGAAAAGCUUUUAUUCAUAAGUCAUUCCUCAUUACUCAUCAGAGAACCCACACUGGGGAAUCACCUUAUGAAUGUAGUGAUUGUGGAAAAGCCUUCUCUGAUAGAUCAAGCAUUAGAUCACAUCAGAGAAUCCACACUGCGGAAAAACCUUAUUGAUGUAGUGAGUGUGGGAAAGGCUUUCCUUAUAAGCCACAGCUGUUUAGACAUCAGAGAAUCCACACUGGGGAGAAACCUAAUGAAUGUAGUGAGUGUGGAAAAGGCUUUUCUGAUAAGCCACAUCUCAUUCGAAACAGAGUCCACACUGGGGAAAAACCUUAUGAAUGUAAUGAGUGCGGAAAAGCUUUUUCUCAGAAGUCACACCUAAGCACACAUCAGAGGGUCUACACAGGGGAGAAACCUUAG